AUGACGCUUUCCGCCCCCGCGGUCUCCGCGCCGGCGCUCCUCCGCACGCUGGCGCUCGCGCCGAGAGUCACGGCGCUUUCUCUGGAGGCGAGCGCCGUCGAUUUCUACGACGACGAGUUCCUGUCUCGCCUGCUCUCCGCGCGCCCUCACCUCGCCCGCCUCAGCAUCGCCCCUCCCCGUUUCACCGGAACUUCCCACUUUCGAAUCGGCACGAAAUCUUUCGAGAAUUUCUUCCGCGUCGCGUCGUCGCGCCUGCAAGAGCUCUCGCUGCGCGAGUGUCUCGGCCACACGACGAAGCUCCCUGCUUCAGUCGCGUCGCUGUCGUCGCUGCGCGUGUUCCGCCUAUGCUCCAAGGUUCUCCGCUCGCUGCCCGACGAGGUGUGCCAGCUGUCUGCCUUGCAAGAACUUUACCUGAGCUGCCCGUUGCUGCAGCAGCUGCCCGAAAAUUUCGGCCAGCUAACGAGGCUGGAGCACCUGUCGUUCACGGACUGCAAGGUAUUGAGGCGUCUGCCGGAUUCUUUCGGCGAUCUCGCCUCGCUCACCUCUCUCCACGUCGACGGCUCGUGGCAGGUCGAUCGCUUCCCGCCUCGCGUCGGCGCGCUGCAGCAGAUGCGGCGACUGGAGCUGCGAAACUUCACUGGCGCGUCGUUACCAGACGCAUGCAAGAAAUGGGCGAACCUCGAACAAGUCACUCUGGAUUCGUGCGCCAUGCGCACUUUCCAGCUCGCGUCCGUACACUCGCUCACGCACCUCACCAUCAGCGUCUGCUGGAAGCUCCAAUCGCUCCCACCCAUCCUGCCCCAGGCGUCCGCGUUGCGCCAACUAACGCUCAACCGUCUCAUGUUUGAUGUACCCCUCGAGCCGCUAAGCCAGCUGGUAUCUCUGGAGCGCCUCGAGGUCUCUGCCGUCUACCAUUCAGUGCGCUUUCCCGAGGCGCUCUUUGCGCUGCCGUCGCUGGCGUAUGUGAAGGUGGGCUCUGUCAUGAGGCUGCACCGCUGGCUCCGCCUCCCGAACUCCCUCUCCCCCCUCGCCCCGUGCCUGCAAUUCCUGAAACUGGACUACAACGCCGCCUUCCCCCGAGUGUCCCCGUCGUUUCUCACGGAUCUCACCUCUCUCACGGACCUUCGCCUCCACAACAUGCACCUUCCCUCCUCUCUGCCCGCUUUUGCACGCCUGCGCGCCCUCCGCACGCUGUGCAUAGAUUUCGAUUGGGGCGUCCGCACCCACGUGUCACUUCCAGAAGAUCUGGGCCAGCUGGCAGCCUUGGAGUGGCUGGAGCUGAGAGGCUUCUGCAUGAAAGACGGACUUCCGCCGUCCAUCUGUGACCUGACCUCCCUGCGCCACCUGUUCAUUGGUAGCAAAACCCUAAAGCACCUGCCCGGGGCGAUUUCUCAGCUGUCGCGCCUGGAAGAGCUCUCUCUUGACUCGUCCUACGAGCUGGAAUCCCUACCCCCGGGGUUGGGCCGCCUGGGAGUGCUGAAGAAGCUGAGUGUUCGCGGGGGGUCCAAGGAUUAUCUGCCCGACACUCUGGCUGGCUUAUCCUCGCUUGAGGAGGUCUCAUUGACUCAUUGUUCCCACAGUUUCAGCCUGCCUCCCUCCUUCUGCCUCCUCCCUCGUCUGCUCACACUUACUCUCACCAACUGCAAGAAGUUCCACCAUCUGCCUGACUCGUUCUCCUCCCUGCCCUCCCUCACCCUUCUCAGCAUCUCCGACUGCCCGGAAUUCUCCUCCCUCCCUGAGUCCUUUGGCUUGCUGCCUCGCCUCACCCGCAUCAAAAUUGUCGAAUGCGGCUCAUUCACGCACCUCCCCAGCUCCUUCUCCUCCCUGCCUGCCCUCCGAGUGGCCUGCUUCAGCCUUUGCAAGCAGCUGCACUCCCUCCCGCCCACCCUUGGCCUGCUACCACGUUUAGAAGUGCUUCAGUUGAGGGAGUGCGGGGCACUCAAGUCGCUGCCGGGGACGCUCAGGCAGGCGAGGGCGCUGAGGCACGUGGAUGUGUAUGGCAGUGGGGUGUCGGAGAAAGGGGUGGCGGAGGUGGGCUUUUGUGGAAAACAAGUGCAUGUAGUGUGGGGCAGGAUGGGAAAGGCUGAACACAUGGGGACGAAGGACAAGGGGAGGAAGGGGAAAGGAUGUGCGGAGGUGACAUUGGAAGAAGGAUAA